AUGAAAAUUUUCUCUGUUCAUGCUGACGCCUCCUUCUACCCUUCUACUGGAUUUGCGACUGUCAAGAGUUCGGGCACAACUGGGGUUCCUCACACGAUCCAGAAGGCGAAUGUGCUCCUAGCGACGCACAAGGUGGUCGCUACAUCAUGUACCCGUCCUCAUCACCACAAAUCCAGCCCGAAUAACUUUCGCUUUUCGCCAUGCAGCAUAGACUCUAUUUCACCUGUGCUGAGUUCGGUAAGCCAGCGAUGCUUUAUAGAAAGUGCUCAAAACGAAAUUCCUUGCGGCAAUGGAGUCGUUGAUUUUCUAGAGGAAUGCGAUGCAGGCCCAGACGGUCUGGAGGGCAAAGACAAAUGCUGCAGCAGCAUCUGUCUGCUCAGAGAAAACGCUCGCUGCAGUGAUUUCAACAGUCAGUGUUGCCGAAACUGCCAAGCUGCUCCAGCGGGAACCAAAUGUAAAAGAGACCCCGACAAACAGUGUAUAAAAAGUGCAACGUGCGAUGGCUCUGGACUUUUUUGUCCUUAUUCUGUCCCUGUAGCCAUUGGCUCCGUUUGCCCAGACAAUCGUGUGUGUUUUAGAGGCAAGUGUAUUUCCCCAUGUGAAGUGCUUGAAGAAAUCAACAGGAGGACCUACGAACCAUGCCAGUGCCAAGAUGAUAUUAAUGCCUGCAAAUACUGCUGUAAGGAGGUCUUUGGCAACAAAUGUAUACCAACUGCAACGUCUCUUGGCUUUGGAGAACCCUGCUACAAAGGUUUAUGCAAUGAACAAGGAGAGUGCGUGCCAAAGGAGGAUGCUGCUUGCGGCAAUGGUAUCUUAGACAAAAACGAAGAAUGCGACGUAGGAGAGAGCGUCGUGAAAAACCAAGAUAAAUGUUGUAGCAGAACUUGUCAUCUCAGAGAAUCUGCACAAUGCAGUGGUUUCAACAAACCGUGCUGUAAAGACUGCAAAAUCGCACCAAAAGGAACUAAUUGUGAAUCUAACUUUGAACUUCCGUGUAUGGAAAGCGCAAAAUGCGAUGGUGUUUCCACUGAUUGUCCGUCUGCUGUGCCAAAAGAGAAUGGAAUAGCCUGUCGUGGAGAAGGCCAGUGUAUUAACGGCAGAUGUAUUACCACAUACUGUAAGGAGCUGGGAGAAAAGGAUAAUCGGCACUACAGAGCCUGCAUGUGUGAUCAUGACGCUUCUGCAGCCUGCAAGCGCUGCUGUCUGGAGGUCUUUGACAACAAUACAAAUGGUCCGUGUUUCCCUACAAACAAAACCCUUAGACCUGGACAACGCUGCUACAACGGUGAAUGCAACGAAGAAGGAGUGUGUAUUCCAUCGGAAGGCCUUUAUACUGUCCGGCUUUUCAAGUUCUUCAACAAUUUGGAUUUUGACACUCUUGUGGAGACCAUGAAGACUAACCUCGUCAUGACUGUCGUGUUUCUGACAGCACUGUUCUGGAUCCCAAUCAGCUGGUGCAUUUCCUGCAUGGACAGGAAAAACAAGGCACGCAAAAUACCACCCACUGAAAGAACUUCUUUGUCCGUGGAGCGCGAGUCUUAUGAAAUGGGAAUGUGAAUCCGGAAGAAUCUUCAGUCGAUUAGGCAGGAUCUUCCACCGAGGCUGAAGGAUUUCCAGUCGAUCCGUACGCACAACCGUAAGGUCCAACGCCUUCCAAACGCCAAUGAAGGGAUGUGGACAAGAAUAAAAUAAGUCCAUCAGUACUGUAAGAAACAGUAUUAACACGAAAU